UGAACCGGGACAGGUUGAUUUGUCGGACCCGCUCCUGGCUUGUCGUUUUCAGUACUAAAGGCCGAUGCUUUCUCAUUUCUGAGUCACUCUUCCAGUUUCAGUUCCUGAUUAUCUCCGCAUCGUCGCAAGCUCUUGAGUCUCGAGAUAAACCAUCAUGAAUCGGCUCUUUCGAUCCUCUCUGAGAAGCCAGAUUGCUUCAAGAUAUGCUGCUGUUUCCAAAAGUUUUCAGGAAAAUUGCCAGGUUUCCUCAUGGUCUAGAUCCUAUAGUACUGAAGCAUCUUUGCCAAAGGAUGAAAACCGUGAAGGGUUCAAGGGUCAUGAUAUGCUUGCUCCUUUCACUGCUGGAUGGCAGACUACUGAUUUGAAUCCUCUGGUUAUAGAAAGAUCAGAGGGGAGCUAUGUAUAUGACAUGAAUGGGAGAAAAUAUCUUGACUCACUCGCUGGUUUAUGGUGCACUGCUUUAGGAGGGAAUGAACCACGCCUUGUUGACGCGGCAACUACACAAUUGAAAAAGUUGCCUUUUUACCACUCAUUUUGGAAUCGAACUACAAAACCAUCAUUGGAUCUAGCCAGGGACCUUCUAGAACUUUUCACAGCCAGAAAAAUGGCAAAAGCUUUUUUUGUUAACAGCGGAUCAGAAGCCAAUGAUACUCAGGUGAAAUUGGUAUGGUAUUAUAACAAUGCGCUUGGAAGACCAAAUAAGAAGAAAUUUAUAGCUCGGGCAAAAUCGUAUCAUGGUUCAACGCUGAUAUCAGCCAGUCUCUCCGGUCUUCCAGCUCUGCAUCAAAAGUUUGACUUGCCUGCUCCGUUUGUGCUGCACACUGACUGCCCGCAUUACUGGCGGUAUCACCUUCCAGGUGAGACAGAGGAAGAGUUCUCAACCAGAUUAGCUAAAAAUUUGGAGGAACUAAUUUUGAAAGAGGGACCAGAGACAAUUGCUGCAUUUAUUGCUGAACCUGUUAUGGGUGCAGGAGGUGUAAUACCUCCGCCUGCAACUUACUUUGACAAGAUUCAAGCUGUCGUAAAGAAGUAUGACAUUCUUUUCAUAGCGGAUGAGGUCAUCUGUGCCUUUGGAAGGCUUGGGACAAUGUUUGGAUCUGAUAAGUACAACAUUAAACCAGACCUGGUGUCAUUAGCUAAGGCACUUUCUUCUGCAUACAUGCCAAUUGGUGCAGUUCUUGUGAGCCCAGACGUGUCAGAUGUCAUACACUCGCAAAGCAGUAAACUUGGUUCUUUUUCUCACGGCUUUACUUACUCUGGACACCCGGUAUCGUGUGCUGUUGCAAUUGAAGCACUAAAGAUCUACAAGGAAAGAAAUAUUGUUGAGAAUGUGAAGAGCAUUGCACCGAGGUUCCAAGAUGGUGUAAAAGCCUUCUCUGAUAGUCCAAUCAUUGGGAGAAUAACUUCUUUGGCUCUGCAGAUUCGUGGAACUGGUUUGAUCCUGGGGACCGAGUUCACUGACAACAAGUCGCCCAAUGAUCCUUUCCCUCCAGAAUGGGGGAUAGGUGCCUAUUUUGGAGCACAGUGUGAGAAGAAUGGGAUGUUAGUGCGUGUGGCUGGGGAUAACAUAAUGAUGUCUCCGCCAUUUAUUAUCAGCCCAGGAGAAGUUGAUGAGUUAAUCAGAAUCUAUGGGAUAGCUCUGAAAAAGACUGAGGAGAGGGUUCAGGAACUCAAGGCUCAGAGUAAGUAAUGGAUUUUUACUGAUGCUGAUGAUGAUGAAAAUAAGGGCAAGGGCUUUAAUGGCUUAAUGUAUAGAGGUAUGUUUAUUAUUUGUUGCAUUGGAGACAUCAAUGAUUUCCCGUCAUCUCUGUUCUGUUCCUGCUAUUUGUCGCUAAAUGCAAUCAAAUUGUUUGCCUAAUUCUUUCCAUAUCUUUAUGAACAUAUGCUUUGAUUCUU